AUGCAUUUCUUUCUUCUUUGUUUGCUAUUAUGGAAUUUAACCGUUCACUCCGUAAGUGGCCAGGUUAGUGAUUUUAUUAUUGAGUUUGACGAUGGGUCAAUUGUACCUACAUUGGAAAGAUCCGAGUUUUCAUUUAUUUACUUUUACUCAGAUACAUGUAAAUACUGUGCCAAGUUCAAUCCCGUAUUUGACAACUUGAGUGUAUUGUUUAACAAUAUCAGUAAGCCGGACGCGUUCCAAGUGAUCAAGACGAACGCAAGAAAGAAUAAACGGUUAAGCGAGUUGUUCAAGGUGCAACACUAUCCUACAUUAAAACUACUUGAAUACAAAACCAAGGAGAUAUUCACUUAUGAUGCAAACAGAGAUUUGACCACCUUGAUUGAGUUUUUAGAAGCAAAGGCCAAUGUCAAGCCCAACUAUGACAAUUUCGUGUCUCCCAUAAAGACGAUUACAAAUCUGACGGAAUUUGACAAAUUUGUCCAAACAAAAAACAAAAAGAACAAAUUGGUGGUGUUUACUGGUGGAUACAUCCCCGAAUGGAGAGACUGGGAAUAUCCAGCCCAUUUUUAUCAAGAAACAGCACAAUCAUCAUAUGCUAGAACUACCGAUUUCGCCUUGGUUGACAUUGAAAAAUUCACCGAUUCAGACAUUUUCGCACGCUAUGAAAUCAACACUUUCCCCAGUAUGAUGUACUUUAAUGUUAAAAAUGGACAAUUUCAAACAUACCACACCACUUCUCAUCAAAUCAAACCCAAAUUGGACGACAAAGAGAUAGUACUGUUCAUCACUGGCCAGGACAAGCUACCAUGGUUUAAGAAUACCGACGAGUUACAUAACUUUAACUUGCAAUAUCUCGAAUACCAGGGGCAUUUAUUCCAAAGAAAAGGAAUGAACCUUAAGCAAAGUGAUGUUAGUGACGGAAACCUCCUGGAAGAAGAACAAUACCAAAUCUUGUUACAGCAAAUUGAAUUAUAA